GGAAGAUACCGGGGGAUGAGUAACUCUAUUACCCUUCGAUGCCACACGAGUCUUACCAAGCCUGAAUAAUGAUGACAAUCAUCAGAGGGUCCUACCUCAUACGGGAAUGAACGAGCAGACCCCGCAAGGGGGGCUAGCCUGGAUGGGAAUGGGUGAGCAGUCAGUUGGGAUAGAAAGACGAGCAAGACGGACGACUACGGAGAAGAAAGAUGGCAUCAAGUCAUGCGCUGCUCAGGCCUCGGCAAUAGACUUCUCUGUGGCAGGUCCAAGCAUCCUCACUCGCCUCGGAAUCCCUUCCGGUGCGAGAAAUGGGCUCACUCCAGCACAGCAUACGUUCAGCAUACAUGAGGUAGGGACAACAGGUCAUACAUCAUCCUCCGGUUGCCUUCUGCAGUGCAGCCAGCAAAAAGCAAUGGACCCAGUGGUCUGGUCCGAAUUCCCGGCUGCAGGAUUGCAGAAUGUCCCGGAGAGGGUCAUUCUAGGCUCCUGGCGAGGGAUUGACAUUCUUCAGACCUGUCAUGGGCUGAGCAAUCCCAAGGUCCCAUCUCGAAUUAUCUGUGGACUAUUACACUCGGCCGUUACUGCUAACGGUCGUUUUUAGUUGGAUUAGCGGCGUACGCGACCAGUGUGCGUGGUCCAAGUGGCCGGGCCUGACCCACUGCGAGCGAUGACAAUGACACCAGAG